AUGGCGCUGAAGAAGACACGAGCACACGUUGAAGGAGACACCAUACACAGAAUCGGCUCUGACCAGCAGCUACCCUUGCGUGACAACCUGGACAUCGGUCUAGUGUCGAACGAUACCAUCUCGCCCAACGCCUUUGCGCCUUGGUCGUAUGAGCCAGCGUGUACAUUGAAGGUCAGCCAAAUUGACAGCAAACUGUGCGUGUACACCGACAGACACUUCAGCAAUGGCAGGGGCAUCUCGAUAUUUACCACGCCUGAGAUCGCAGAGGGAUUCGCCAUCCUCCUGGCCUCUUUGCAGCAUCCCUCGUCUGUGCUGGACACUCUUGGCAUCAACAGCUUCACGGGUGCCUGGUAUACUCAUCCAGUCCCGGGCAAGGGGAUCGGGAUGCUCGCCAAACGCGAUAUCCAGCGUGGUGACACAAUUACAGCAUACACGCCCGUAUUGCUCGCGUACAAGGAACAUUUCCUUUCCAAGGACCAGCGAGAGAAAUUCCUACGGCUGGCCGUAACCCAGCUACCAGGCCCGUCGCGCGAAUCUUUCUUAAAACUAGCCACCCUCUCCGACGACUCGAGCAUCCUCGCACAGGACAUUGCCAGCGCAAACUCGUUCGAGAUGCGGCUGGGAGAGAACAAAGGAUCUAUCGAAGCGACAGUUCCUCACCUAACCAUCAUCCCCGAGUCAUCGCGCAUGAAUCACGACUGCGCGCCAAACGCCAUUUUUCACGUCAACUCGUCGACGCUGACGCACGUCGUGCGUGCGGUGCGUCCCAUUCCCAAGGACCAGGAGAUCACAAUCGCGUACACCAGUCCCCUGGACACGCGCGCCACGAGGCAAAAGUACCUGUCCGACGCGUUCCAUUUCACAUGCACUUGCCCGCGCUGCCUUCGAGGCAGAGGCGCAGACGCAGACGCAGUUCUGACUGAAAUGGCUGUCCUCCAACGGACGCUCUCGGCCUGGUCAGACCCACGCUCCGCCGCUAGCGUCAAGCAUGCAGAGCUCCUGAUCCGGCUGUACCGCGAGGAAGGUCUAGACGGCUACCUCGACCCGGCCUACUGCUAUGCGGCGCUGAUGUACAGCGCCGUCGGGAGCGCGAGAGGGGCUCGGAAGUACACCGAGUUAGCCAUCAAGGCGAUCGAGCUCCGGCUCGGGCCUGGCGCGCCUGAUUUGCCGGCUUGGAGGGAUAUGUUGGACGAUCCGACGAAGCAUUGGAGUUGGAUGGUCAGGAAGGGCGGAGGGAAAGUGGUGACCGCUAUGAAUGAAUGA